AUGGGGCUGGAUUACUACGCCAUCUUGGGAAUAGGGCGUAGCGCAUCGGCUAGUGCAAUCAACCUGGCCUACCGAUUCGUGGCUCGUGCGUGUCACCCAAUGCGCGGCCACUACUACCCCGAACAAAUGCCGAUCCAAACCAUCCCGCAAUGGCGCUACUGGGAACUGAUUUGUGAAGCGUACGAAGUGCUGUCGGAUGCUGCUCGCCGGCAUGUUUACGAUUCACUGGGCGAAGAAGGAUUGCGGACAUUCACUUUCCAAGACGGAACCGUGGGUUACACUUUUUCGGGUGAUUGCGACAGAAUUUACAAGUGA